UAGGAGGUCUGUGGCUAGUAUUGCAGGGCCUCUGGAAGCAUCUCAAACACCAGGAAGGACUUCCACUCCCCUCAGCCACACAGAGACAGUUCAGCAAAAUUCUCCCCCAAAAAGUGCCAUUAUCCAAGGAAAAGAAAUGGGAGAAAAUGUGGAUCAUAAAGCACAAGUGCCUUUAUUUGAUGAGCCUGACUGUAGCUUAUACCAAAAAGAGCCUGGAUCCAGAAUUUCUAGUGUCCUGAGCACCCUGACUUGGCUCUCCGAAGAUGAUACGGUCCUUGCUGUGAAACAGCAAGGACACCCUCUGUCCCCUGUGUCCCACUCAAGCCUACCUCUGGUGUCUGAGCGUGAUGCCAAACAGCUUCCUUAUCCUUCUUCCCAUGUCCAAAGGCCCAGUCAAGCUCAGGCCCCUGCAUUCCGUGCAAAUCACCUUGUUCCACCUCCAUCCCCUGAAGGUUACCAGCCGCUGGCUCCUGGACUGCACUCCAGGCCCUCCCUCAGCUGUGGGAUGGAUGAUGGUAACCUGGGAGCCAUUCACCCUGCUCCAAGCCAUCCUCUUCGGACUGCCACUUCUGCAUCUGAUUCCAACUCCAUGGCCUCUGCUUCUGAUGGAGAAAGUCUAGCAGAGAGAGAUUACCUUCUUCCAGCGGGUGGAGAGUGGGAUCUUGGUGACUCAGGUCCCCAUGAUACAGAGACUUCUGAUGACUCAGGGGUCAGUUUGCUGACCAAAGGCUUUUCAGCUCUAGGAAAUGAAAUGUUGGUUGGCUGCUCUGACACCAGCCCUGAAACAGCAGAUCCCCACAUGGAUAUAGAGAGUGGAAAAUCCUCACCUGACCACCAUUCUUGGCCCUCGUUGGAAGGCCUGAUAACAUCCGCAGACUCCAAGACCAGAGAUUCUGCACCGCUCCUUCCAAUGCUUGCAUUCACGAAUCCAAUCCACUUCCUCCGCCUCAGCCCUCCGUCGCCACCGACCACCAGAGCAACCUGCCAGGAUGAGGAGCUGCGAUGGGAGCAGCCCACAGGCAGCUUCCGUGUGGACACAAAGAACAUACAGGCUCUACUGGCAGUCACAGAGAAAACAGAAGGUGGGAGGAGGGUCAGGCAAAGGCUGGAAGGAGGAGAACACCAGACAAAGGAAGAAAUGGCCAAACAUGCACCCUUGGAAAAAUCAUCAAGUUGGCCAGACAAAAGAAAGAUUGGGGUAGCUGUGCAGGAGCCAGCAGCCAAUCAAGAAAACCCAAUUAAAAGCCGAGUAAAAACCAAGGACUGGCACCGUCAGGGUUUGAAGAGGAUGUCAGUACCACCAGACAUCUUGCAGCAGGUUUCUUCUGGGAAGAAGGAAGAGGAAGAAGUUCACAAGGCACACGGGGAACCACCAGUCAGCUCAGAAACAGUUAUAAUGCGAGAGAAGAAACCUGCAGACACAACAGAGAACUUCAAGCGCCGGCACUCCAAACUUAUCAACUCCUCAAGAUUGCUGUAUCAGGAGUACAGUGAUGUGGCUCUGAACAAGGCCAUCCAAAGCCAGAAGAGAGUGGAUUAUCCAGAGGAUAUAGAGUCAAGUUUCCCAAGUUCUCCGAGGCUACGGAGGAAAGUGCUGUCUCCUCAGGACUCAUAUUUGCAACGUCUGUCAGUCUCAUCUAAUGCAUCCCUCUGGCAGGAUAUCCCCAUGAUACGGGGCAGCAGAAUGCUGCUCAACAUGUCCCGUGAGGACCAGAGGCUGCAGGAGGCCAAGUUUGAGUUGAUAAUAUCUGAGGCUUCCUACCUGCGCAGUUUGAAUGUGGCAGUGGAUCAUUUCCAGCGCUCAGCAGAACUCCAGGCAAUGCUCACCAACCAGGAGCGCCAGUGGCUCUUCUCCCGCCUCUCCGAUGUGCGCGACGUCAGCGCCAGUUUCCUCUUUGACUUGGAGGAGAAAUUUGAAGAGGAUAUGUUUAACUUCCAUGUGUGUGAUGUGGCUCUGAAACAUGCCCCUGACUUCCGCCGGGUGUAUCUGCCAUAUGUGACAAACCAGACAUAUCAGGAGCAAACCUUCCAGAGGUUACUAAAUGGAAAUGCAGGGUUCCAGCAAGUCCUGGAGAGACUGGAAAGUGAUCCAGUGUGCCAGCGCCUCUCGCUUAAAUCCUUCCUCAUCCUCCCCUUCCAGCGCAUCACUCGACUCAAACUCCUCCUACAGAAUAUCCUGAAAAGAACUCGGCCUGCGUCUGAGGAAGAAGUCCAAGCAACGCAGGCCUAUGAUGCACUUGAAAAGCUCAUCAAGGAUUGCAAUGAGAAUGUCCAGCGCAUGAAGAGCACUGAAGAGCUGAUCUACCUCAGCCAGAAGAUUGAAUUUGAGUGUAAGAUAUUCCCACUCAUCUCACAGUCAAGGCGACUUGUGAAGUGUGGUGAGUUGACAGCACUGGACUUCAACAACCUGAGUCCAAAAUGGAAAGUCACCACCCGGCCCAUCUACCUGCACCUUUUCAAUGACUGUCUGCUCCUGUCUCGGCCCAAGGAGGGUGGACGUUUUGUUGUGUUCGACCAUGCUGCUUUCUCUUAUGUGCGUGGGGAGAAGUGCGAGAUGAAACUCCACGGAGCAAACAAGAAUCUGUUCCGUCUCUUUCUGCUUCAGAAUUACCAGGGAAAAAGAGUGGAGUUCUUGUUUCGGACAGAGACACACAGUGAGAAGCUAAGGUGGAUCUCUGCUUUGGCUCCUCCGCGGGGAGAACCAGAUCUCCUGGAAUGCCCUGAUGCACCACAGGUUCAGUGCAUAAAGACUUACAAGGCUCGGGAAAAUGAUGAGCUGGCUUUGGAGAAGGCAGAUAUCAUCAUGGUUAUGCAGUACAGCAAUGAUGGGUGGAUGGAAGGAGUGAAACUGUCAGACCGGGAGAGAGGCUGGUUCCCCUCAGAACAUGUGGAACACAUCUCCAGCAAACACGUGCGGCAGAAGAACCUGAAGGAGGAGCAACGGGUGAAGAAUGCCAAGCAGCAGGUCUUCUGCAAGAAAUAAGACUGCUUGGACCUGUACAGUCUCCCUGACAUGGGGAAACCAUGGCUUUUCUAUCAUGCCUCAGAAGAAAUGACUCUGCAGAGAGCAUAACAUACAGCACUUUGACAGGACCAGGUGCUUUUUGCCAAAGAAAGCGGGAAUUCAAUCAGGAAAAACUUCCUUUGUGUCAGCAGGACUACAGCAGCAAGAGGAGGAAUAAAGGUUGCAUGUAUUGCUUGCUUUGUGGUAGUAGGGAGGGACUUAAAUUGGACAGCGGUCUGGGCUGUGGACUUCGAAAACAUAUUCCUGGUUUUGCCACUGACAAGUUGCGGGACCUUAUGCGAAUCACUUCAGAGUUCUGCCUCAGAUUUGCCAUCUGCAAAAUGGAAGUAAACUUACCUACCUCACUGCAUGUUGUGAGGCUAAAUUCACUAGUAUUAGCAGCCUGAGACUUUGAGUUCCUGAGAAGGAAGGUGCUAAGUGCAAAGCACAACGGAGCUGAGGAGAAUAUUCCGUUUCAAUAGCCUCUGGAUACCUUCGUGGCGUUGAUCUCUAUAUUGUAAUUUCCAUUUUGGGCAAUUUAAGUAUUAGAUCAUGCAAGUGUACUGGGGUUUGGAUAGGCAAAUAUUUAAUUGUACCCAAAUGCUAUUAAGAGUCAUUGACAGCAUUACAAAAUCCACUGGAAAUAAGCAGAGUUUUCAGAAGCCACUGUGAUGAUUUCCCCCACAUAAGAGGUACCAUGCUGCGGAAUCUGCUUCACAAAGGUCACUUCUCUUCUGAACAAGCACCCCACUAAGCCAUCUGACCUCUUUUUUUUACUCUGCCUCCCUCUGGAAGUAGAUCAGUGACUUUUGACACAGAUUUAUGUAUUUCAUGUUGGUACAUGCCCCAUACAAAAUAACAAGGACUAGGCACAUGCAAUGAAGUGGCACUUUACUGCUGCUCCUACUCUGAUUGCUGAUGUGGUAAUGCAUGCACCAUUUUGCACACUUACAGAGAACACUGAAAUAUUUAGCCACUGUAGAUAAAGUCAAAAUAUGCACCAGGGUCUUUGUUCUUUUUAAGAACUCUCUGGUUUUAAGUCCAGUUUACAUGCAUUUGUGCAGAACCUGUCUGUUUGAGGAUAUGCCUUCAACUGUAAAAUACUGUAUCUGUGUUAAAGUGUUCAGCUCAGUCAAUGCAAGAUCAAGUUUAAGAAUCAAUACACUAAAGAAAGCCACUUGUAGCGUUCUUGCAUUUAAUAUA